AUGCUAUUGAGACUUCUUUCUCCGAGCCUUGCAAGAGCGGUACUUAUCUCGACUCUGUUCUACACAGCAUACGCCGGGGCCAUUGUCAAGGUCCCCUUCACCUCUACAAUCAUGCUUAUAAGCAGUUCAGAUUCAAAUGUACCGACUACGAACGCUGGCUUGAAGGUUACUGUGCAAGUACAAGCCGGGAACGACCAGACUUUCAACGAUAUCCUGGUGGAUACAGGAAGCUCGUUCCUCUGGGUCGGCGCCCAAGAAGCAUAUGCCCCCGGCCCGUAUACACAGAUAAUAAACGAAACCUUCGAUGCGAACUACGGCGAGGGAGGGGCCACCGGCACGGCCUACAUCGACCGCGUCACCGUUGGUGGCGUGACUGCAUCUGCGGCAUUCAUUGGUGCUGCUAAUAACACAGAAGGCUUCCAAAUCGCAGAGCCAUUGGGCGGAAUCAGCAUGGGCCCCGCGAAUACGAGCUUCAACGUCGUCUCCGGGUACAACACGACACCGACGUUCGUGCAGAGCCUCGCCGCGGAGGGUGCCAUCCCCGCAGCGAUGUUCGGCGUGUACGUGAGCCCGCUGAGUGCCAGUGGCGAGCCGGGCAGCACUGGCGAGCUCACGUUUGGCGGUGUCGACGAGAGCAAGUUCAGCGCAAGGAGAAAGACUCACCGAUCGCGUGCACAGGCCUUCUACUUUGGCUGGGGCGGCGAGUACGCGAUCAACACCACGCUCUACUCGCUCGUCGACACUGGGACUUAUUUCAUUGGCAUUCCCAAUGACGGCCUGUUCUACAUCCUGCAAAAUACCCCCGACGCGGAGCUCGCGAGCAGCUCACUCCUCGAGGGCUGCCUCACCUUCCCUGCGAACGCGAGCGGCACGCUCCCGCCGCUCUACGUCGGCGUAGGCAGCCUCAACUUCACGAUCACCCCGGAUGACUACAUCGUCCCCGCGCCGCUCUACGCCGCGCUGAACAUAACCGACGCGGACACGAUCUACACCGUGCUCUGCCCUGCGGGCCCCAACCAGUACAACCUCGGCAUGUCCUUCCUCGAGCACGCCUACUCUGCGUUCGACCUGAUCGGCCUAGCCCAGCUCGCACCGCCCUGA